AUGCCUAUUCGAGUAAACGAUCAAGACGAUCCGUUUAGAUUUGCUGUCGUUGUAUCUGUUGCAGUUUUUGUUCAAAGUGUUGGUGUUAUAGUUGAAACUAGAUAUUGUGUUUCUGUAUUUGUUGUUGUUGUUAGUAUUAUAGUUGAAGAAGAAGAAGUCGUUGUUUCUAUGUUUGUUGUUGCUGGUGUUGUAGUUGAAGAAGAAGAAGAUGUAGAUUCUGUGUGUGUUGAUGACAGUGUUGCAGUCGGAGAAGUAGACGUAGGAUAUGGGUUUACUGAGGAUGACGUUGCAUUAUUUGUGAAUAUCAAAACUCCAGACUCUUCAAAAGCAGCUGCUGCCGCAGUACUUACACUUUGUUUUAACAACUCAGAAGCGCUCUACUUAGCUGUUAUUGUCUCCAUGCUAUCAGUCACAUUGCUAGCUUUGUCAGCUUUGGACAAUACCGCAUUGCAAGAACUAGCACUAGGGCUUGAAUCAUUACAUCGAGUAAACACAGCAAUAGACGGUUUUAAAUCUUGA